AUGGAUGAUUCUAAAGAGAAUGAUAACUCUGUUAUAGCGAAUGUUCAGCCCAGCACUCCCACUCGGCCAUUGAGUAGCAAGAAUUCUACAAACUCGCUUAAUGGGACUAACAAAAACAAAGGAAAUAUUGGAUCGCCCAGUAAAGGCGAAGUGAGUCCAAUUAGACAACAAAAGUUGGUUACGUUGACACAGAACUAUAAUAAGUUAGAACGGGGAUAUGCCGACUUGUUGUUAAAAUACAAUAAUUUGUUGAGUGAAUAUGAACAGAUUGAACAAGAAUUGCAAUGCAAGGUACAGAUGAAUCGAGAGCAGUCUGCCACAAUAAAUAAGUAUGAGACCUUACUAAAGCAUAUUGAAAAUGAUCACAAUAAGAACAAGGAGUUAUAUGAACAAGAGAUCUUUUAUUAUAAAGAGCUAAUUGAUGAUUUGCAGUUGAAAAUCAACAAGAUGACUAACGAAUUGAAUAGCAAGAGACUUGAGGAGGAACAAUUUGACAAAAUUGAUGACGAACUAUUGGAUAAAUAUAAUACGUUACUGAAGCAAUUCAAGAUUUUGCAGAGCAAUUACGAGUUGGAACAAAACUCUAAACUAGUCCUUAUUGAUCAAAUAGAGUAUUUAACUAAGCAAAAUGAUUUAUUGAACCCGGAUGCUGAAAAUGAUAUUGACAAGAAUGAUAGCAAGCUUGAUAAUUCAAACGCAUCAAACCACUGCCACGAAUUUGCUGAUAGCGUAAUUCAUAUGGAUACCUAUGCCCACACGAUGAAUAAUCUAAGUGAUGAAUCUGACGUAAAUAAUUCUGAUUUGGAGCUUGACGAAAAUCAAGAUUCACAAAUACUAAGUUAUUUAGCAGAUGAUAUGAAUGGCCAAUUUACAUCAUCAUCUCCAAUCAAACAGGAUGAGUCGUUGAAAAUUGCGAACAAUUUUGUAUUCCCUAAUAACAAUACCCAAAAAGAAAGGAUUCCAAUCUUGGAACCUGAAUUGAACUUUAAGUUUCCCGCUUCUCCUGACCCAGAUUCAAAAGAAUUAAAACGCCAAUCAUUACCUGCUACAUUGAAGCACAAUUCCCAUCUCGAUUCAAAUGACGAUUUUAUUUUGUCGCCAUUGAAAUUGACUGCGAAUAAUACAUCAUAUUUUAAUAUGGAUAAUUCAAUAAAUAACUCCACUAAGAGAAGGUAUUCGAAUUCGAAGCCGAAUCAUUCUCGAUACAAUUCGCAUGAUAUUUUACCUAUUAAGGUGGAAUUUGAACCACUUGAGCUGACUUUAAGAAGCGCCUCGGGACCUGAAAAAUAUUACAAUAGUAAUACUAACUCCACAUUAUCUCAAAACAAUAAUAAAUUUGAAAGCAUUGAAGAAUUACCUGAGUCGAUCGCACAUAUCGAUGGUAAAUCGGUUAGAAAUUCGACGUUUAAUAAAUUAAAUGGUUACAACAACAUUCCUUCAAAUAGAAGUUCGUUAAAUACUACAGGAUCUUCCAAAUCAAGCUUACUCAUUGAUCACAACAUUAUGACUAACGAUAUGACAAAACAAGAGAUUAUGAAAUUGAAGUUCGAAUUGCAUUCCUUAAAAUUGCAUAAUGAAAAAUUGCUAUCUUACAUUGGAUUUGAGUUGCAGAAGCAAAAGAAAAACAUUAAGAAAUUAUCACAUAAACAGUCUACCACAAGUUUAAGAAACUUCAAUCGCAAGAUAGAAUACUCAGAUGCAAAAUUGAUUGAGAAAUCAAGAGACUUGCUAAUUCACAAGAAACGAGUUCUAAGGUCCGUCUCAGUCAACCCUAUAUUAUCUAGAAAAUAUAAUUAUGAUAAUAACGUAGUGGGUAUUUUGACAAAAAGCUUAUUACCAUUCAAGAUAAUACCGGAACAAGAUGAAGAUCGUUUUAAAUUUACUAGUGAUUUUAUUAAUAGUAUUGACAAGGAUGACGAAGAUGAUUAUGGCUUUAUGAAGCAUAAUGACAAAUUCAGUAAAAGAGUAUUAUCUAAUAGCUUCGAGACUGACGAUUUAGAGGAUGAUGAAAUAUUUGCUCCAAAAGACAACCAUGGUGUUAAAAAAUAUAAAUCUCAAAUAUUCAGGAAUAAUGAUUAUGAUUCAUCGUUUAAUACGUCAUAUUAUGGUUAUGAUGAAGAUGACGGUGAUUGCCAUGAAAAUUACACAGAAGAGGAUGAUAAUUGGGAAGAUAUUUCAGCUGAUUCAACAAUGUCAGAAGAGGUUGCAAGCCCUCCUAUUUUUAAUCAAUUGAAAUAUCUUAUUACAGGUAAUUACAAUAAACCAAAGAAAUCACACGCAAGAAAUGAAUCCGUUGAUGAUGGUUUAAAAUACAAAUUUUUAUCAAUUGCUAUUGGUAUAUUGAUUAUUGGUUUGAGAUGUACAAACCAAAAUCAUAAUCUCUAG